AAAGUUAUAGGGCGCCAGGUUGGCGUUAACACAAGCGCCAUCUACUUGUUGUCCUAAAAAAAUGUUCGACACUCUGUGCAGAUAAAUUUAGUUCUUCUGUUGUUCGUAAACGUUUUAUAUAAAAAUUAUGAUGGCAAGCAAGGGAUGGAAGGUUGUACAACCGCAUGUGCCGCUGAUAAAGUUUCGUAAGGGAGGUUUUAAUAGAGUAAACGUAGGUGCGAGCGCGGCUCCAUCUGCGACUUCAGGGACGGCGUCAUCGCGAGGUGCAACCGGACCUCAGGUUAUCAGUUUGCCAACGAUCGAUGAUAUUCACCUACCUGCAAGAUUUCAUCGACGACCUAUUACCGAAAAAGAAAUUGAAUAUAUCAAUCGCGGUGGGCCGGAAUAAUCGCGUUCGUGAACUUUAUUAGGAAAGGCGUUUAAAUUUUAGAUUAUCAUUCGAAAUAAAGUAUUAUUUCAAAUUGAUUUUAGGCUUUCUUUAGAUUUACGUAUAAAAUACUGUGUAAAUAAUAAAUGAACGUAAUAGAAAGUUUAUGAGUCAUAAAAAAAGGAUGUAGAAUUUCUCUAA